AUGGAUAUUGACGAAUAUUCCUUCCUUAACUGUUUUGUUAAAUCAGACGAAAAACUCCUUACAUUUUUAUGGAGAUGUUAUGACUACAUCUCUCAGUCUGUUCUUAUUGAGAUGGAGUCAAAUGCGCACGCAGCUGCAAUUGGCGCAUUUAGUGCUAUCUUCAGUACCUGGGCACGACCCGUCACGGAUACCCCUCUGGCCGACACGGCUUCGAUGAAUGUCUGCGAGGAGUCAAAAGUGAAGAAGCCGGAUUUUUCAUGGACACCUCUUCAUUCUCCUGGCGGUCGGUUAGCAGAUUGA